GCAUGUGGUCCUGCUCAAAAUCCCCGCUCUGCUCCGGGAUCCAGUUACUCAGAGCUGACGGGAAACAGUUGCAUCGACUCCGAGGCUCCACUGCAGAAGAGUAAACUCCUCCAGACGGCGCAGAGAUCCGCAGCAUCGGCGAGUUUUACGCAGGAACCAGCGGGAGAGAGGCGCCUCGGGUUUACGCGCGGCUCAUUCAGGCUUUGUUCGCCAAGUUGCGCAAGUUGAGUGAUAUCAGACGAGGAGACGCCUCUUCUGCAGGAUCCCGAACUCUGAACAACAGAAAGUUUCAGCUCCUCUGGACGGAUCAGGAAAAAGAAAAACAAUGUCCAAACCUAAUUACACUGGCACGUAUCACAUGGUGGAGCAGGAGAACAUGGAUGCCUACCUCUCUGCUUUAGAUAUUAAUAUCGCCCUGAGGAAGAUCGUGUGCCUUUUGAAGCCCACUAAAGACAUCACCCAUGACCCGAGCACGGGGGACAUGAAGAUACGCACCAUCACCACUUUCAAGAACUUCAACAUGGACUUCACUAUCGGGAAAGAGUUCACCGAGGACCUGGGUGCUGUGGAUGGCCGUACCUGUCAGACGACGGUGAACUGGGAUGGAGACAAGCUGGUGUGUGUACAGAGAGGCGAGAAGGAGGGCCGGGGCUGGACUCACUGGCUGGAGGGAGACAAGCUGCAUCUGGAGAUGAGAGUCAAAGACAUCAUCGCCAAGCAAGUCUUUAAAAAAGCCAAUUAAAACCAAGGGGGGUUUUUUUCUUUUUAGAAAAAAAUAGUUGCGUAUAAAGUAUCUUUUCUUGUAGUCACUGGUAGUUUUUUUUUGUUUUGUUUUUGAAAGAUCACUGUAAGACCAAGUAUUGUUUGCUCAAGUAUUGUUCCGUUUGCAGGAGAUAUCUGAGGAGAGCAGCUGAGCAAACUGACUGCUGUAAACAUUCCCACCUUUACUCCGUCCUAUUGUAAAAUCAUUCAUCUCGACAAUGUCACGAUCCGAUGCAACGCCUGUCAUGCUUCUCUUGUGCUGCUUCAAUACACCUCAUUCUACGUCAACCUUUUAA